AGUGUGAUGAGUCAUUGCUGCGUCCGUUUUCUUCAGCUUGUCGCCUUCGUCACAUAUUGUCUUCAUCUAUGACAACUCCGCUCAUGGUUUUGUGAAAGUUGUUUUGUUUUAUUUUUUUUGCAUUUUUACUUUUGUUUAGCUUUUUCAACAAAAAUCCUGAAAGAUUUGGAAGGCUAGCAGAGGAGCGCUAACGUCUCGCCAUGCACCGAGCCGGAACGUCAUCAUCACUUGUUUUGUUGAGCCUCAUGUUGGCUAAAGUUGUGUCAGUGGGGGCCGUCGCCGCCUCCUGGAACAACACGCUGCACAACAACAGUAAAUGUGGCGGCAGCGCCGACUGCAAGGACGGCGUCAUCUUGUCGCAGUGGCGGCCGAAGGACCCCGGCCUCCCGGACCGCAUAGCCAGGGCCACCAUUUAUUUUGUGGGCUUGGCGUACAUGUUUCUGGGUGUUUCCAUCAUUGCCGACCGCUUUAUGGCGUCCAUCGAGGUCAUCACAUCCCAGGAGCGACAGAUCACUGUAAAAAAAGCCAACGGGACGAAGUUCACAACCACCGUGCGCAUCUGGAACGAGACCGUGUCUAACCUGACUCUCAUGGCGCUGGGUUCGUCCGCUCCGGAAAUCCUGCUCUCUGUCGUCGAGAUUUGCGGUCAUAACUUUGACGCCGGCGAACUGGGGCCCAACACCAUCGUGGGAAGCGCCGCCUUUAACAUGUUCGUCAUCAUCGGCCUUUGCGUUUAUGUCAUUCCCGACGGAGAGACCCGCAGGGUCAAGCACCUCCGAGUUUUUUUCGUCACGGCCACCUGGAGCGUCUUUGCCUACACGUGGCUCUACCUCAUCCUGGCCUACUUCUCUCCGGGCAUCGUGGAGAUUUGGGAGGGGCUCCUGACCCUCUUCUUCUUUCCCGUUUGUGUCAGCUUUGCGUACGUGGCUGACCGGCGCCUCCUGUUCUACAAGUACGUGUACAAGCGUUACCGAGCUGGGAAGCGCAGGGGGGUGAUCAUCGAAACCGAGGGUGAGCCGGAGCUUCCCUCCAAAGCCAACGUCAAAAAACCGGCCUGCGACCGGGAGCCGUUUGAUGCCGAGCUGGGCGUUGAGGUGCCAGCAGAAGACGGCCAGGCGGGGAUGGCGAAGGAGUUGAAACUGAAGUAUCCCGAUAAGGAGACGCAGCAGCUAAUGAAGCUAGCCACCUGCCGCGGUUUAACACAGCAGGAGAAGAGUUGUGCGUUCUACUGCUGCCAUGCCUCGCAGAUCACGACAGGGACCGACAGCAUCCCGAAAAAGGAGUGGGCCGCCGACCUCAACCAGAGAGUCACUCGGUGCGAAUUAACAUCUCAGAUGUCAGAAAAUGACCGGUCCGCUAAGGUGUUCUUCCAGCCAGCGGUCUACCAGUGCUUAGAGAACUGCGGCAGCGUUGCGCUGAAUUUGUGUCGAGGAGGAGAUCUGAGCACAACCGUUGCUGUCGACUUUCAGACGCAAGAUGGCACCGCUAAAGCCGGUUCAGACUUUGGCUUCACAAAGGGAACGGUGGUGUUCAGAGCCGGCGAGACACAAAAGGAAAUCCGAAUCAACAUCAUCGACGAUGACAUCUUUGAGGAGGAGGAGCACUUCCUGGUCCACUUGAGCGGCGUGAGGGUCCUGUCCGCCGCCAGCGGAGCGGCGACGGACAGCGACAGCCCAGCGGGUUUGGGUUUGCUCUGCACAGCCACAGUCACCAUCUUUGACGACGACCACGCGGGCAUCUUCACCUUCGAGGAGCCCACGGUGACCGUGAGUGAGAGCGUCGGCGUGAUGGAGGUCAGAGUGGUCCGGACCGCGGGGGCUCGGGGAGCUGUGGCCGUGCCGUACAGAACCAUCGAGGGGACCGCCAAAGGUGGCGGUGAAGACUUCGAAGACACUCACGGUGUCCUGGAGUUUGACAACGAUGAGAUCUGUAAAACGCUGCAAAUCAACAUCAUCGAUGACGAAGAGUACGAGAAGAACAAAAGCUUUUUGGUGCAGAUGGACGAGCCGCGACUUCUGGAGAUGAGCCAAAGGAAAGCUGUGCUGCUUCGAGAAGUUGGUGGAUUCAUGCGAACAGACAAGCAAUUGUUCGGUAAGAGCGCUUUCAACCCUGGCUGCUUGGUAGCGGCCCCCGGACCGGCCGCAACGCUACAUGAACCUGACUCCUUUUUCUCUUCCUUUUUAUCACAACAUCCUCACCUUUUCUCACUUCCUUGUCACCAUCGGACAGGCAAAGACGUCUACAGAAAGCUACAACCGCAAGAACAACCGAACCCCUCUUCCAUUGUUAGCAUCUCAGGUACAGCAUUUCCUGCUGCAUGUCCCCCGGCAUGUCCAUCCCUCCGGGGACUUUUCAGUGCACAUGUGUGUCUGUCAGAGGGAGCUGAGGACUUGGGGACAAAGGAGGAAGAGGAGCGGCGCGUCGCACGGAUGGGUCGACCGAUGUUGGGCGAACACGUCAAACUGGAAGUCGUCAUUGAGGAGUCGUACGAGUUUAAGAGCGCAGUGGACAAGGUGCUGAAGAAGACAAGACUGGCCGUGCUGGUGGAAACGACGUCGUGGCGAGAACAAUUUGUGGAGGCCAUCACAGUCAGCGCAGGCGGCGGCGACAACGACGACAGCGGCAGUGGAGGUGGAAAGAAGUUGCCCUCCGCUCUGGACUACGUCCUGCAUUUCCUGACCGUCUUCUGGAAGCUUCUGUUCGUGUUGGUCCCACCCACUGACUACUGGAACGGCUGGGCGUGCUUCGUGGUCUCGAUCGUGGUUAUCGGCAUCCUGACGGCGGUCAUCGGGGACCUGGCAUCGCACUUCGGCUGCACGGUGGGUCUGAAGGACUCGGUCACAGCUGUGGUGUUUGUUGCACUGGGCACAUCAGUACCUGAUACCUUCGCUAGCAAGGCGGCCGCCAGCCAGGACCAGUACGCCGACGCCUCUAUCGGCAAUGUGACGGGAAGCAAUGCCGUCAACGUGUUCCUGGGCAUCGGUGUGGCCUGGUCCAUCGCUGCCAUUUAUCACUACUCCAAAAACCAGGUGUUCAGGGUGGACCCGGGAACGCUAGCUUUCUCAGUCACCCUCUUCACCAUCUUCGCCUUCAUCUGCAUCGCCGUCCUCAUGUACCGGCGCCGACCCGAGAUCGGUGGAGAACUGGGCGGACCGCCGCUCGCUAAGACGGCGACUGCCGGCUUGUUCUUCAGCCUGUGGUUGAUGUACAUCUUCCUGUCCUCGCUCGAGGCCUACUGCCACAUCCGCGGCUUCUGACGCUGCCUUCGGCUGUUUGUACAUCCUGAGGUAUCGGACCAUCGUCACGUGGACUCCAAACAAGUCGGGUCCCAUCACCUUCGCCUUUUUUGAUUCCUGUUCCCACAUGCACGCACCUCUCUUGUCGGAAUGAUAUCAUGUCUGCAGCAAGAAGGCCACCUCCAGGAACACACGGACGGACGGACGUUGAUCCACGGAAAUGACGCCACAAUGGAAGAACGUUCUUCCGUCUUCAUUCAUGUGGAAUUCUGGUGGUUUUUCCAAAUUAUGCAUCUGCCUCACAGUUCUGAGGACCAGGGUUCAAAUCCGGCUAUGUGGAGUUUGCAUGUUCUCCCCGUGCCUGCGUGGGUUUUCUCCGGGCACUCCAGUUUCCUCCCACAUCCCCCCCCCAGAAAAACAUGCAUGCUAGGGUAAUUGAAGUCUCUAAAUUGCCCCUAAGUGUGAAUGUGAGUGCGAAUGAUUGUUUGUUUAUGUGUGCCCUGCGAUUGGCUGGCAACCAGUUCGGGGUGUACCCCGCCUCCUGCCCGAUGAUAGCUGGGAUAGGCUCCAGCACUCCCGCGACCCUUCCGAGGAUAAGCGGCUCAGAAAAUGGAUGGAUGGAUGGAUGGAUGGAUGGAUAAAAUCAUGAUUAACUCGUAAUCAUCCAUCCACAAAAUUAAUGUAAACACGUUUGUCAUUUCAAUUUACUGGAUAAAUGUUGGCACUUUUUUUUUUUUUUUUUUUUUUGAAAGAGACCUUUUCACAUGCCCAUCCAUGUCAAGCGCAAGAGCAAUCAAUCAUUUUUUUGUGUUGAUUUGAUUUGUGGUCAAAUAAUAAAUCAGUAUUCAAUUUGUA